AUGGUGCGGAUGGUGGACGACCUGAAGCGACGGGUGCGGACCAUGGAGCCCACGGAGCUGAUACAGUGCGUCUCGGCGGCCGCCCGCGUGAAGUUCUACGACAGGACGACUUUCCUGCAAGACCUGCUGAUGCCGCACAUCCGGUCGCACCUGAGAAACAAGAAAAGAGUGCCGUUCACAACAGACGAGCUGCUCACAACCCUGUGCUCGCUGUCCGACCUGAAUUGCUUCGACCAGGUCAUCUUCGACGGCAUCGUGCGGGAGCUCGCCAACAAGAGGAGCAAGGAGCUCGGGUGCCCACAGUGGGCUGCGCUUCUCGCAGCGUUCAAGAAGGUCAACUACACCUGCGACGAGGACAAAGAGUUCUACGAGUGGAUGAGGGUCUCGCUCAAGGCGGAACGCUACGAGAUAGCUAGCGCCGAGCAGAGGAUGAUCGUCGGGAACUCGAAGCAAGGCAUGCACGCGCCCGAGGGCUACCUGAGGUCCUUCAUGGUCGGGACCAUGAACAACGGCGUGGAGGUGAGAAGACCGCAGGGCCUGACGUCCUGA